AAUGUGUGCAACCCCCAAAUGACACACCAAAAAGAAACUCCGAACAGCCAAAACAACCAACCAAAUGGGUUCCUACUCCUCAAACCACCUCCGCUUGCUCUCCUACACCAAGCAACUGGCCUCUCACGUCAACCACGGCCGCCACGACCAAGCCCUCUCUCUCUUCCACCACAUCCACUCCUCUCUUUCUCUAGACCCCUUCGUCUUCCCCCUCGCCCUCAAGUCCGCCGCCGCCCUCCGCCGCCCCCACCUCGGCGCUUCCAUCCACGCGCUCGCACUCAAAGCCUCUCUGCUCUCGAACCCAUUCGUCGCCUGCGCUCUCGUCGAUAUGCAUGGAAAAUGCGCCUCUGUUUCUUCAGCGCGCCAACUGUUCGACGAAAUUCCCGAGAGGACUGUCGUUGUUUGGAAUGCUAUGAUGUCUGUCUACACCCAUUCUAGUAAUGUUGCCAAGGCUUUGGAGUUGUUUGAAGUAAUAGAUGUUAUGCCAAAUGCGUCGACUUUUAAUUCGAUUAUAGCGGGGUUGGCGGGACUCGAGGAUGGGUCGUUUAAGGCGAUUUCGUUUUACAGACGGAUGCUAGCCUUGGGUUUGAGACCGAAUUUGAUCACCCUUCUCGCUUUGUUACCUUCUUGUGUAGGCAUAGCGUCUUUAAAUUUGAUCAAAGAGAUUCAUGGGUACUCAAUUAGGAACAACAUUGACCCGCACCCUCAGUUGAGGAGUGGCCUAGUGGAAGCCUAUGGGCGAUGUGGGUGUCUAGAAAAUGGACAUAAAGUGUUUCAAAGUAUGAAGGAAAGGGAUGUCGUUGCUUGGAGCAGCUUGAUAUCAGCAUAUGCACUUCAUGGGGAAGCGAAAACUGCAUUGGAUGUUUUCGCGCAGAUGGAACUGGCAAAAGUGAAGCCGGAUGGAAUCACUUUUCUUGGGGUUCUGAAAGCCUGUAGUCAUGCUGGACUAGCUGACGAGGCUCGUAUGUAUUUUUCUAGAAUGCGAGAUUUUUAUGGUGUGGAAGUGACCAGUGACCACUAUUCGGCUUUAGUUGAUGUUUUGAGUAGAGCAGGGAGAUUGUAUGAGGCGUAUGAGGUGAUAAAAGAGAUGCCUGUGAAAGUCACUGCUAAAGCUUGGGGGGCCCUUCUUGGUGCAUGUCGGACUUAUGGAGAGGUGGACCUCGCGGAGAUUGCUGGGAGGGCUUUGUUUGAAAGUGAGCCAGAAAAUGCAGCCAAUUAUGUCCUGUUGGGUAGGAUAUAUGCUAGUGGGGGGAGACAUGAAGAGGCGCAGAGAAUGAGGAGAGAAAUGGAGGAGAGAGGAGUAAAGGCAGCACCUGGUAGUAGCUGGGUUAUAUACCAAAACUAAGGUGGAAUAGUAUUUUUAGAUGAGUUACAUCAUAGCUGAUGAUUGACGAACAAUAUCUUCUAUACAGAGUCCCAUUGUACAUUCUGUUGGUGAUUUGGUGAUUAUAAACCCAUUUUCUGAUUUAACUGCGGGAACAAAGACUGUGAAUGCCUGAAAAACAGUCCUAAGUUAGGACCCCUAAGCAAAAUGAUAUUGCGAUUCUAAGCUCAGGAUAUGGCAGCAUUUGACUGUGUUGUCAACGAUUUUUGGUUGCAAGAAGAGAAGGGAUCCAACACAACAGAAUAAAGAGGGAAGCUGUACACAUACCAUCAGUAGUGGUGCAAGGUAAGACACCAGAUUGUGUUUCUUGUUCUUUGGUAUUGCAGCUGUGCUAGCUGUCGUUGGAGAGCCUUGGGGUAGGUUUGUUGUUAUGACUUCUUAUUUGGCUUUGGUUAUUGCUCGCCCUUCAAAGAGGUGUUUGGAAGGUAAAGAUGGAGGUGAAGCUGUUUUAUUGAGUAUGAAGGUUUCGGUUCCUUCGUUUUACGCAGCCCUGGCUAUUGGUGUACGUUGCUGCUAAAUGGGCUGGGUUCCGGCACUUGACUUGGAUGAUAGUUUGACCAACAUGGGCAUUAUAGCUGUCACCAUUCUGGGGCAAUGAAACUUUUUCAUGGCUAGCUGUUAGAUUUUAAAGUUUGAAACUAAAUGGCUUCUACAAAAUAGCUCAAUGAAGCAGUGGUCGAAGUUCUGCACUUCUUUUUGCCUCUUGCGAUAUCACAGGUUUUCCAAGAUUCUUGUUUAUGAUGAUUUAUUAUCCGUUUUUAACAAGGAAGAGAUCAUGAUAGGUUUCGGUUGAAGAUUGCAAUGGUCCAAGUUCUGUUAUGUUUGUUGUACAUGCACUGCUUCAAGGGGUUAGUCGAGCGGUGGGGUGGUGCAUGAACCUACGAGAUUAGUUGAUUGAUAAGUAGAGCCGUCGUAAGAGGCUUCUGAAGUGUUGCGAGUUCGAAUUUCAUGAGGGGCUGGCUAGCUCUUUCUUUUCGUCCCCACAAAAUCAUUUUCUGGUCGGGCUAUUCUGAAGUGUAUGCCAAGUAUGUCGUUUGUAUACGGUGUGGGACUGCAUUUGCGUGACUUGUCAAGGGUAGAUAGAGCCCAGUGAAUUAAGGUUGAAGGUAGUUCAUGCAAAUUUUUUUUUUCCAAACGGAAAUUAAAGGUUAGUUCAUGUAUUUGCCAAAAAAGAAACAACUCUCCUAUUGUGUAUGGUCUGGCUUUUUUCAUGUAUUCUCUAGUUUUGACAUGGAUGGUCUGCUUUUGACCGAAUCGAUGAAAGGAUUAAUUGAGGUGUGCAUAAGCUAGCCCGGAUACCUCUGACCGUCAAAUUGUUUUUCCUAAUAAGGA